AUGGCAACUGUUACUCAACCAGCCGAUAAUUCUUUGGAAUUAACAUCUCAAAUGCUCAAGAAACUUGAGCUGGUCCAAACCCAACCAAACCAGGUUAACAUGAUACGUCCUACAGUCUCCAAAUCGGCCGAUAAUAGAACCAAUACACAACUCGUCUAUCCAGAGAAAUCCACCUCGCUCACUCUUGCCGAGAGACGUAAAACCAACAACAAUAGCAUCCCUGCAUCACUUCAACUGUAUUCUCUUGAUGCUGAUACUAAAGUUUCUGAUCAGUAUAUCAUCAAGCAGAUGGAGAGAUUAUCCAAAUUAGAUGUAAUCAACACUAAUACAGUUACACCGCUAUUAAAUUCACUCACGACGCCUGAACCUUUUUGGGAAAAUUUCAUUAAAAAUGCAACGUCUGUUAAGGAGAGAGUUGAUCUACUCAAAUACAUGGUGGCAAAUCAUGGCAUUCCUGACCAUGUUCGCGGCCAGGUGUGGCAAGCUAUCUGUCAAACAUCAUCCGAGUCCGAUGUCGCUCGUUCCUAUUCGCAUUUAAUGAACCAGCCCAGUCCGUAUGAUACCAUGAUCGAUAACGAUGUACAAUGUUUGUCUGUAGAUCAGCAAGAAAGUACUAGUCGCCUGCUGAAAGCGUAUAGUUUGUAUGAUACCCGAGUAGGCUACUAUCAAGGGAUGGUGGGAUUGGUGUCCCCAAUUUUAGCAAAUAUGCCAGAAAUUGAAGCUUUUGCAUUGUUUGUCAGAUUGCACCAAACUUAUAAUAUGGAAGGAAAACGUCUUGAUCUCUGUCUGCAGCAAUUCCAGUCCAUCUUGAUGCAGCAGCACCCUCAGCUACAUGAUCACUUUUCUCGCUUGUCAGUACAGCCUCAUAUGUAUGCAGCCAUGUGGUAUAAAACACUAUGCUCCUGUUUGAUUUCAUCUCAGCAGCACAUGAUGCGCUUGUACGAUAUUGCUUUCCUAGAAGGAGCACUCGAAACUGUGAUACGGACAACCAUGGCACUCUUGGGAAAGAAUCAGCAGCGUUUAUUGGCUCUCCAUAGUCAGGAGGAGAUCGUGGUCUUUCUAAGCUCGCAACAGAUGCAUUCCUUGGAAUAUGCUGACGACAAGGACGGUGAUGCCUUUAUCCAGGACGUGGUGUCUCUCAACAUUGCUAUUUCAGACCAGCGUCAUGUUUUUCGUGCAUCUAGCAUAAGCAACAAGAAAAGACAUGCAUUGACACAAACAGUUCCUGUAUUACAGCAGCAAGUGGAAGAUCUUGUCGCUGCCAUGGCUCAAAUGCAAAAGGAACAUGCUGCAUUGUCAGAAGAAAACAAAGCUCUCAAGAUGCAUGAAAUGGUUCAAGAAGCUGCUCAAACAAAACUAGCCAAGCGCAAUGUCGUCCUCGAGAAGAGAGUCAAAAAGUACAAGGUUAGACUGGCCGAAGUGUCUGCCAACAACGCUGAUAGUGAUGAAUCCAACAACAACGUCGCCACCACCACCACCACUACUACUACUACUACUACUGCUGCUGCUGCUGCUGCUGCUGCUGCUGCUGCUGUAACUACCACUGCUAAUGCUUCCACUACUGUCUCAAAGGCUUCUGCUGCUGCAAAUGACAAUGGCAAGAAGGAGAGACGCCAGGAUCAAUACACUUCGUUCGUUGCCUCACUUCGUGAUACAGGUGAUUUUGGCGCCUUGAUUGCUGGUGCUUUGGCUCCAGCUCUUGAUUUUGAAAAGCAAGCCAAUAUGGAUGCUGGUGCUGAUGCCGUCGAUCUCUUGCAACAACAACAACAAACAAUGGAUCAAAACGAUGAUGCUGUCAAUAACAAAAAGAAGCUUGAUGCUGCACUGCAAAAUGUAACCUCUGAGCUAGUAGCUGUCAAGUUGGAUCAUUUCGAAAUGUCGCAACGCUAUGAAUCUCUUUAUCAUCAUUGCCAAGAAUUGACUGGUCAAUUGCAAUCCAUGCAGGAAUCUCAAACUGCGCUUGUGCAAAAGAUUAUCUACCUGGAAAGCGAGCUAGAAGACGUCCAAACUGAGCGUGAUCAUAUCUUCCAAGAUCAAGAACAAGUACUGUCUAUGGCUAUGGUGGCUAAAAAAACAUCUGCUGAACUGCAGCUUGAAAAGAUGGCCCUGAGCAAAGAAGUCGAGAGAUUAGAGCAGACUGUGAAAGAAUUGCAAGAAGAGAAGAAAGCCUAUUUCAUGCCUCGAGAUACCUUCUCAGAAGAGGUGUUUGCAGCACACUCCAUCCUAUUUGGACAAUCAACAAAGAAGCAGCAACAGCAGCAACCGCUCAGGGAAUUGAACAGAAGACACACCUUACAACUUGGCAAGAAUACAUUAGAAGAGGAGUACAAGACCAAAUUUGUCGAGAGUGAAUUACGCUGCCGUGAAUUAGAAAAGUAUCUAGCAGAGACCAAGGUCAAGUUGGCUGAAUUAGAGUCUUCUGCUGGCAUCACGACAAGCAGCUGUAGUAUCAUUAGCCCUAGAGGAUCUAUGCAACAGCAUCGACGUGCAUCCUCUUCCAUGAUAAAUAAUAACAAACGCAGCUCCACCGCAUCCUUAUCCAUGUUGGCCAAUAGAGUAAGCACACCCACAUCACCGCGUGAACGAAGAGAAUCCACAGAAAGCUAUGCAUCCUCCACCACAUCCAUGACUUCCAUGAGCAGCAAUUACAACAGCAAAAGAUCCAGUGUCUAUUCGAGAAUUUGGAAUGCCUUUGGGUCACCUACUACUCCCAUGAAUCCUGUCAUGAUGAAGAACGAUAUAAUGUGCGACGAACCACAUAUUAUCGAGCAAGCUUAA